GUAUCUCAACAAAACAAAACAAAUUGUCAAGUUGACCAAACAAUCAAUCGGCAGAUUGUUAGACUAACACGAGAUUAAAAGAUAGUUCAAAAUCUUCCCAUCGAUGGAACAAACCAUUUAAACAUUUGACCAUCAAUUGUCUCCAAUAAACGGCAAUUAACUCCAAUCUUUGCAAUGGUUACGAAAACAAUUAAGAAUUAAUUUCCAAUUUAACCUUCAUCUGUUUCCAGGUGAGAAAGUGCCAUCUAUCUGUAGACUAUAUUGACAAUCUCAUUUGUGUUAUGAAUUGAGAGUUUCAACCGUUGGUGUUUUCAUAUUUAACUAAAUUGUUGUCGAUUUAAUUUCUUCCCAGUUAAUUUUCUUUCCUAAUCUAGUGUUUCAUAAUUGCAUCAAUUGCAUAUUCUCAUCUUGGUUCGUAACCAACUCUACAAUUUGAAUAGUCAUUUGUUUACCUGUGAUGAUUGAGUUUUAGACUCUCUCAAGGAAAAAAGCCUUUUGUGUAUUUAUUUUUCUCUCUCUCUCUCAUCUGUUGUUGAGAUUUAGAUGUUUAAUUUAUUAAUUACUACAAUCAUCUAAUCAUCGACAUCAUUUACCUUUAAUUGUUUUCUUCAUCUCAAUUGCUAUUCUACUCUCUUUCUCUCUGUAAACAAUUUAAAGUGUUGGAUCAAUUGUUUGAGAGAUUAAAAAGUGUUUGUGGCUUUUUAUCAUUUUCUUUGCGUUGAUCAUCUUUACCUGUACACCUUUAAUUAAUUGAUUGUAAAUUGAUUAUCACCAUGAGCUGGGAUAUUAAUAUUGUUGGUGCUAAUCUUAAUCGUCAAAUUCAAGAUAAAUUGAGUUUAAAGUUCCAAAGACAAUUUCAUGUGACCCAUUCACUUAUCAAAAGGCUUGGAUUAAUUCAUAAAUUUGAGGGUCAUAAAGGUUGUGUCAAUUGUCUCGAGUGGAAUGAAUCAGGAGAGAUUUUAGCCAGUGGAUCAGAUGAUUGUAACAUUAUCCUUUGGAAUCCCUAUACAAAGAAAUCAAUUCAAACGAUUGCAAGUGGACACACGGGGAACAUUUUCUCAGUCAAAUAUAUCAAAACAUCAUCGGAAAACUGUAUCGCCAGUGGUGCAGCCGAUCACAAGAUUCGUGUUCAUGAUGUGUCGGUUUCCGAGUGUACAUUUGAUUGUAGUUGCCACACCAAUCGAGUUAAAAGAUUGGCGACCCUUCCCUCUGAACCGUACGUGUUUCUAUCCGCUGCAGAGGAUGGAUUAGUUUUACGAUUUGAUCUUCGAGAGAAACACAUUUGCUCCCAAACAUGUAACAACGUUCUAGUUAAUUUAACCAAUCACAUUGGAAGCAGUGCCGAAGCUAAAUGUAUAGCAAUUAACCCAUUGCAACCCGAGUUGAUUGCAAUCGGUGCCAAUGAUCCGUACGUCCGUCUUUAUGACCGGAGGAUGAUCUCGUUAACACAAUCAAGGCGUUCAGCUACAUCCUUUAACUUGAUCAUGUCCAAUCUUGGUGGUAAUUCGUCUCAAGAUAAUGACGAAUCUUCUUGUGCUUCGUCAUCUACAUCCAAUGUCCCUCUUGAUAGUGCCCAAUAUUUCAUCGCUGGUCACCUGAGGAACAAACGUAAAUCUCGACCUGUCGCUUGUUCAUAUUUAUCUUUUAAUUCCAGAGGAAAUGAACUUCUAGCUAACCUUAACUGUGAACAAAUUUACCUUUUUGAUAUCAAAAAACUGACACCUUUACAUACCUUUCAUCUUCCAACCACAAUACCAUCACCCCCAAUACUCACAUCGAUGAAACCUGAGGCUUCUAGUAAUGGUCAUCAAAAAGGAACCACCGAUGGAAACAAAAACAAUCCCUUAAAAAAUGGUCACCGUUUAAUGUCCAAGAGUAGAAAUUAUCUUAAUGUGUACGGAGUUAAACAAUUACUUCCAGCGAAGGUGCAAGCGCUGAAAGAGCAGGCGAAUGAACAUUUCGACAAAAGUGAUUAUAUAAACGCUGUUUCCCUUUACAAUGAUGCGAUUGUAAAGUGUCCCAAUGCCGCUGUUCUGUAUGGUAAUCGUGCGAUUGCUUUGAUGAAACGAUCUUGGGACGGUGAUGUUUAUGCUGCACUUCGAGAUUGUAAUAUCGCUCUUGGCCUGGAUAAAGAGUAUUUCCGUGCUCACUUUCGUAUGGCUCGUUGUUUAUGGGAGCUGGAACGGUUCAAAGAAGCUUCGGAUUGUUUCGAGAAAUUUAAAUUAACAUUCCCUGACCAGGCUAAAGAUCAAUCAUGUAUCGAACUGGAGAGACAAAUUUACGAUAAUCUUGAAACCACAAAAGAAAAAGAAGAAGCUACAACCGAAUCUACGAGAGAUGAUUGUUUAUGUGCCUCAGGAAUCGAUGAAGUUGUUAACUCGGCAAUGGAAUCAUCAUCUUCAUCCUCAUCAGCACCUCGAAGUUUUUUCACAAGAAAACCCAUUUUCAGUGAAUUCGAGAUUACCUGGAGAUUUAAAGCCUGUGAUUUUAAGCAAAGAUUCUGUGGUCAUUGUAACACAACGACGGACAUCAAAGAGGCAAAUUUUUUCGGAAGAGACGAUCAGUUCAUCAUCGCUGGUUCUGAUGAUGGUAACAUGUUCAUUUGGGAUCGUUCAACAAGCAAUAUCGUUCGUGUACUAAAAGGAGACUAUGCAAUCGUUAAUUGUUUACAACCCCAUCCAUAUGAUUGUUUACUCGCCUCCAGCGGAAUUGACCCACUUGUUAGAUUGUGGGCUCCCAAACCCGAGGAUGGACCUGAUUCAAAGGAGGCCAGUGAAGUGGAGGACAUUAACGAAGUGGCCAAUGCCAAUCAAAAGCUCAUGUAUGAAAAUCCGAUUGAAUUGGCUUUGCUUAAUAUGAGUUAUCGAUAUGGACCCGAUCUGGAUAGUUCUCAACAUGCUGAAGAGUUUGUUCAGUGUAGAGCCCAGUAAAAGUUGAUUAACUAAUUUAACUACAAGGAGAAAACAAAAGACUCAUAACAAAAAGCAUUCAAUUGAUUUUCUGUCAAAUAUUAUUACAUAGAUACUACAUUUAUAUAUCACAUUCGCUCUCCCUCCUUAUCAUCAUCUCAUCAUCAUUUUUUUUUUGUUAAUUUUCACCAAAAUGAUUAGGAUUAAUCCUUUUCACAGUCUCUCUCAUCCUAAUCCUCCUAAUCCAUCCACAUACACGAACCAAUUCAUUUUUAUCAUAACCAUAAAUCAUCCUCAUUUUAGCUUUAAACAAUUUAAUUUUGUCAGAAAUUGAGAUUACCUUGGAUUUGAGAUUAACAAUCAAGAAACAAUUCAGAAGACUGUUAAUUGUUUAAAGUGAUAUAAAUAUAUAUAAAUGAUCAGAGGGAUAUAAUUGUUGAAUUUUUUUUCCUAAGACUGAACAAGAUUAGGGUUAAUGGUAUUAACACCUUCAUCUACAAUUUAACCUGAAGCAAUUAAUUUUGCUCAUUAAAUGACCAUGAUGAUGACUGAAUAAAACAAAAAUGAUAUAAAAAAA